CCACCGCGCCCGGCCUACAUUUGAUUUCAUUUGUGUUCAUUUUCUUACCAGCUUUCUGAAGUUUAAAAAUUUCAAUCUCCUUUUGUCAUUCUGAUACUCAUAAGUAUAGAAAAUGUGAUCAGUGGCCAUGGUUUAUGUACAGAAAUGAGUAUGUACCUAUUUUUAAUCUGAAAUUUUCUAAGACAAAUUGACUUUGCUGCAGCGGGAACACACGGACACCUUACGCCAUCUGAAUGUGAUGCUGAUGUUCACCGAAUGUGUGCUGGACCUGACAGCCGUGAGGGGAGGAAACCCUGAGCUGUGCACAUCUGCUGUGUCCUUGUACCAGAUCCAGGAGAGUGUGGUGGUGGACCAGAUCAGUCAGCUGAGCAAAGACUGGGGGCGGGUGGAGCAGCUGGUGUUGUACAUGAAAGCAGCACAGCUGCUUGCGGCUUCUCUGCAUCUUGCCAAAGCCCAGAUCAAGUCCGGGAAACUGAGCCCAUCCACAGCAGUGAAACAAGUUGUCAAAAAUCUGAAUGAACGAUAUAAGUUCUGCAUCACCAUGUGCAAGAAACUUACAGAAAAGCUGAAUCGAUUCUUCUCUGACAAACAGAGGUUUAUUGAUGAAAUCAACAGUGUGACUGCAGAGAAACUCAUCUAUAAUUGUGCUGUAGAAAUGGUAACCCUUUCUAAGGUUUAAUAUUGUAUAGUACUACUUAUCUUUUAAGUGUCUUUUUAAUUGAAUAUCUAUUUGACAGCUAUCAUUUUAAAAGAUAAUGUCUCAAUCCCAAGUAUUGUGGAUCGCCUUCUACUAAAGAAGUAAUUGGAUUUAAGCAACUCUUAAUGUAAUUUAUUGAAUGUAUUUGAUGUAAUUACAAAUCCACAUUUGUAAUUUACCACAUUUGCUAAAAGUUUAUUACAGCUCUUAUUAAACAUUGUUGGCAUUAGGAAUGAUCUAAUCUUUUUUUUUUUUUG